UGUGUCUUCCUCCUAGACUCUCACUCUGGGAGAAGCACUCAAAGUCAGAGCCUUUCCAAGAAUAUAUUUGGACACUGGCCACCCUGGCCCCAGCAGCCAGACCCUUGGGUGCUGACCACAGGAACUACUAGGUGCAGAGCACGUCUGGAACCAGGCUUUGGAGAUGUACUGAGGAGGCCAGGAGCUUCCAGGAAGCCACCAGCUGGGACAGAUGAGUGAACUUGACGCUCCACUCUGAAGAUGACUGACGCUGGCUUCUCUGCAGCCGGCUCUCUCCUCCUUCUGCUUUGCCUGGCGUCCCCGGGAUUGUCCGCAGAUGUGUCCAGGUUUUCAGUGAAGGGAUCAGCUGUGCCACUCAGAGUCCUGCUGGGAGCGGAUGCCACCCUGCCCUGCCAGGUGUUUCCUCCACAGAGUGUGGCUCACAUGCACAUCCGGUGGUACCACACUCAGCUCUCCCGUGCUGUGCUGGUCUUCCAGAAUGGACAGGAGCAAAGACAGGAGCAGAUGCCGGAGUACCAAGGCAGGACCCGGAUGCUGGGAGACGCCAUUGCCAAGGGCAGUGUGACUCUGCUGAUACAGCAGGUCAGGGCCUCUGACAGUGGCCAGUACUGGUGUCACUUUACAGAUGGGGCCACCUCCCAAGGGGCUUCAGUUGAGCUUCAUGUUAUAGGUUUGGGCUCGGCCCCUCGUGUUCGAAUGACAGGACUGGAGGAGAACGGGAUCCGAGUACUAUGUUCCUCAAGUGGCUGGUUCCCAAAACCCAAGGUGCAGUGGAGAGACAGUGCGGGAGUGACUCUGCCUUCCCCCGCUGAGUCACAGACCCAGGACAGCAAUGGGCUCUUCCACGUGGAGACGUCUCUGGUGGUCACAGAUGAAACCCUGGGCAGUGUGACCUGCUCCGUCCAAAAUCUCCUCUAUGGCCAAGAGAAAGCAUCGGCCAUCCUCCUCCCAGAGCCCUUCUUCCCCAGGGCGUCUCCAUGGAAGGUAGCUUUGAUUUGGACGCUGCCCCUGCUAACCCUCCUCCUUUUGGGGGCCAUCUACGUGGGCUGGAGAGACCACAAAGCCAACAAGAGAGAAAUAAAGGAAAAGGAAAAAGAAUCCAACAGAACCGAUCAGAUUAAGAAGGACAUGGAACUCGCGCAGCAGACCAAAGAACAGCGAAAGGCACUAUACAAAGAAGAUUGGAAGAAAGCUUGGCUCUAUCCUGACUGGAGGAAGGAGCUGUUCCAACGAGCUCCUGUGAGUAUAUAUCGUGGAGCACUUCACCAGGACAACCCUGACCCAAAGGCAGAAGAGAACCGCAGGGAGGAGACCCGGGGUCUGACUCUUAGCAACACUCAAGAGGACACCAACCUUAUUACACUCCACCAAGAAGGCUUCGUUUGGGGGAGAUGGUAUUGGGAGGUGGACGUUGGGAACACUGAGGAAUGGGCACUGGGUGUUUAUGAGCUGUCGACAUUUGGGGACAUAUCACUCAACAAAUCAUCAGAGAAGAAAUUCAGUGUCUUGGAGAAGAAGGGAGAUACGUACAGGGCUCUUACCUUCUGUUCCAAUAACAUUUCCCAAGAAGAAUGUCUUUGGGUCGAAAACCAUCCACAGAAGGUUGCGAUUUUCCUGGAUGACAUAGACGAUGACCUUUCUUUCUACAACAUGACCGAUGAUACCCACAUCUUUUCCUUCUCCCAGGCCUGUUUCCCUUUAUCCCUACUUUAUCCCUACUUCACAUGUAAACCCUUGGACUUCUCUUCACAGCCCUAGAUGAUCUGGAGAAAGAGUUUUCACUAUGAGCACGGCAGGGUGUUCUCUGUAAACUCCAGGACUCCGGUCCUAAUGGCUGGUCACAGACACCACUGACUGUGAGGCUUCUUAGCCUGAGACUUCACAAGGCUCCAUGACCAGAGUGUCUGGACAUCAAGACAGGCUUCUCAAAUAGCCUGCAGAGAUGAUCCAGUUUUGGCUGUGAAUUAUCUUAUAAUUGUAACUGGUUUUUCUUCUUUUGAUAUAAAAUCUGUUUAACCAUUCCUAAGGUGAGUCUGACUGCAGGCUUGUGUCCUGCCUGUGUAUUAGUGGCUCAUUUUGGCUCUAUUACUAUUAUUAUCAUCACCAUUAUUAUUACUAUUAUUACUGUUAUGCUACUGUUAUUAUAUAUAGUAACUAUAUAUAUAUAUAAUAUGUAGGGUUACAUAAGGCCAUUUUGGGGCAAAUGUAUAUUAUACUUUGAGUAUAUUCUCUGAUGAUAGUCUUUAUUUACAUCUGAUGCAAUAUAGACCAACAAUUUUCCUAAAUGAAUUACUAUAAAAUAACACAAAUAAAAGAAAAACUUACCAUUGUAAGACAAUAGCAAUUAUAUUAUUAGAUUUAACUUAAGUAAAAUUAUUCUAUCAAUUUGCUCUAAAAGUCCUUUUUACUACUCCAUAUCUAAGUAUGUUUCAUAAAGGACUUGUAAUAAAUAAUUUUUAUACAGGUACUGGUUUUUGGACUACACUCUUGAGUGGCUAAAAUAAUGUUCAAAAUAAUAAAAAUUAAACAGAUCUCACAAUUCUCAACAGCAAAAAGCAACACUGAGUUGAAAUGUCAAAAAUGAUGUU